CGCAUGACGUUGGAAAAAUUUGCCCUUAAAAGCAACCCGUCUCCUGGGAUUCAUUACCAGUCACCAUUUCUCCAAUUAAUAAACCCAACCUAAGAACUUCAACUACGCAGCAGAUCUGAAAAGAUGGCCCGUAUGAUUCUUGUCGUUGCCUUGUUGGCCGCCGUAGCCGUGUCGAACACAGAGGCCUGGUACUGCGCUGGGACGACAUUGAUGUGCUCCUUAUUGGAACAAGGCGCUAAAACCUGCCCGUCGGCGAACAGCCCUUGUGCUGCGACAACAACAACUGCCGCCGCUACUACCGUGACUACCGCGGCAACGACUGCCGCGACUACUGCAGCUACCACUGCAGCUACGACUGCCGCAACUACAGCUGCCACAACCGCAGCUACUACCGCAGCCACGACCGCCGCGACUACCGCCGCGACUACGGCUGCCACUACGGCUGCAACAACUGCCGCGACCACCACCGCCGGCACAACCGUUGCCCCUGCCUCGUUGAAAUGGUGCUACCUUGGUGACUACCUCUUGGCGGGAUCCAACUGCAAUGCCAUCGGAACCACUCAAGUCUCCUUCACAUCAUGGAUGAACUUGCUGGUCAAUGCUGUCGCUGGUGGCACCCCAGUCAGCAUUAGCAUCGGCUGGACCACACUUGGAGCUCUUAUUCUUGGGUAGAUUUUGACUAAACAUUUAUUUGCCACUUUAUCUGUCUACUCUUCAAUCUGUGCAUUUGAAGCAUGUUCUACCUAAAUUUAUCUCCUCAUUUCGAUAAAUAAAUGAAUAUUCUGUCGCAAGUUAAA